AUGAACCGAAUCCUCGUCCUUCACAGCGCAAAUGGCCGUAACGAGCGACAGCCACCAACUACCGGUACCGGUGCCGUAUCAUGUCGAACCAUCGCGGAAGUCCACAGUAACAUACCGGUACUGUACCCGCGUACGGAGCCGCCAACGGCGCAACGUCCGUCGGACGAUCUUCAGUGCCCCGGCGCGGCCCACGCCCCGCCCCAUCAGACUCUGGGGUCCAGCAUAGGUGUUCCGGGAACGCGGCAGUGCCGGCGGAAACUGUUUUCGGCCUCCGACCCGACGGCGACAGUGACAGCGACAUGUCUGAGUGCGAGUCCACUCCAGAUGGAGAUAUCGGUAGCUGUUGUUGUUGUCCGGUCGGAGGAUGCUGAAGACUCCAACAAUGAUGCGGCCCGCUGA